UCGUACAUUAUCGCGGAUCCGUCGUCGCGGCAUCCGCUAGGUCAAGAACGUUUCAUCGAGAACCUUGGAUCGUGUUUAACCUUCGAACAGCAGCCGCAGUUUAAAAAUUGACGAAACUUUCGUGAGAGAACUUUACGUUGAAAAGGGGGAACAUGUGAAUCCUAAUUACAGAAAAUGUCCCAUCAAUUUCUUGCAAGAUAAUGAAGACGGUUCACUUAUCUCUGUAAUUGUUACGAGUGUUUUGGAUUUUUGCUGAAGAGAUAAACUCAAGGUGUUGGACAACUGAUCAUGAAUCAUGUAUAGUUUUGAGGGAGAUUAUAGGCGCAAGCCACAGCAGAAUUUAUCAGGUGCUAGCAGACGAGACGAGAGGGCCGUUCUCCUGCAGCAUGCACAGUUAGAGAGGUUAAAAAGGGAGCAACAGCGCAAGAAGCACGAUGCGGCGCUGAAAAUACAGGCGCGCAUACGCAGCUUUGUCAUUAGAAAGCUGGUGUGUGCGCAGAAGAGAAAUGAGUUUGAUGAGGCACAACAAGCAAUUGGACGCAGGAACCUGAGCCUAGAAGAACUAGUGCCGUACCUGCGAAAGUUGUUAUUCUUUUAUAAUCGCGCCUUGGACGCUAACAGACUGAUAUGGGUCCUUCAACAUUUUUUGAAGCAUCAGAGAGAAAUUAAAUUAAAGUCAAUAAGUUCGUCGCAAUGGCUGUGGAGAUUGCGAUGGAUUCUUCGGAUGUGUAUGCGAUAUAAUACGGAGACGCUGCCAGAUGGAGCAUACUCCUUGGCGAUACCGUUACGAGUUCUGGAGGUAUUCACUACGCGAGAAGACACCGAGAAAGUGUUACGUGAACACAGUUAUCGACAUCUAGAAAGUAUAUUUGUCUACUUGAUCCAACAUAAUUAUUUCGAGCAGUUGAGAAAGCUGUUAGAUGAGAAAGUACCACUGAUGGCGAAGGUGACGCCGGUCGCGCCGACGCCGAUCUCCAAGUGUUUACUGGACAUGAUCAAACGACCUGUCGAUUUGAUUUCUUACGUGAAUCACGAGAAUUUCUCCGCGCUCGUGUUACGAAAAUUGUGCCGAAGCGUAUUCUCGCCCAGACUGUCCGAUCCGAUUCGCAUGUUUAUCGUGCCCGCAUUAGCAGAAUUUAAAGAAUUUCCAUACGUCCAGUUAAUCAUCUGCAUCAAUCGAUUUCAGUUGGUACCUACAAUAAACUUACUCUAUUGUUUGCUGUCAUUGGAUUCGUCUAAUCAGUUUUCAUGGUGCAAAUCCGAGGACGCGCUGACAAACUACUUGCAAGUACUCGCGUCUCUAAGUUCAACUAUCGUGCCGUUGAUGACCGAGCAAAGCGUUUCGGGGCGACAAACCGAUAAUGAUUCAGACAACGAAUCGAAUGGUAAUGUGACCGAUCAGGAACAAGCUGAUAUUUUACGAAAGUGCAUCGAGAUAUUAAAUGAGCAGGAGCGUGUAAACGAAAUUCUAUCGGCGAUUGAGCAGAGCCAAUCGGACCCUCCUGUGCUGCUACAACCACUGUGUCGGUUAUGUCAUCAUCUACUUAUCACUAAUAAGCUGGCCGUUCAAAAAUAUAAACUGCUGUAUAUGCUUGCAUUCAAGCCAGUGUUUCUUAAACAUCUAUGGAUCAGCUUAGCGUCAAUUCGCCAGACAUCGUUGUUUGGUGGUGGUACCGCCACAUCUCUUUUACAGAUUAUAUCGCGCGGAAUCGCCCUUUCAACCGAGGACACCGACAGAAUAGUCCCAUUACUAGCGGUGUUCUGCUCAUUGUUUAGCCUAUUGAUCGCGACAUUGCACGACACGGAAUUCUUCCUCGAACAAACUUCCGCAGAACAUAUGUCCAACGACUGCACAUAUAUCCAGCAGAACGCAAUGCCUUUUACCAUCGCGGAGCUGGCAGUGAUGUCCGGUCAUCUAAAGGGUGUCUGUUUGGGUCUGGUGGAACUAGCAUUUCCUGAUACACGACCCACAGUGCGCGACGACUACAGAAACGCUGUACUGGGCCUUACGUCCGCUAUUCAAUGCCGACACGAUACACAGAUCUGGACACACUUGUUCAAGGUUACGGUGGGUCUUCUACGGCAAUUACACACUCGUGACCUCAGACGGCAGUUCUGUCCGGAAGGCCACUGGAUCGCGUCUAACGUCGUCAUUCCCAUUGACAAACCGCAGGACUUUGCAUUCCGCAGACGCCGGCUACGUGGAUACGUACCCUUUCAGAAUCUGAGGGCUUUCACGAGGGAGGAAUUCGAAGAAGGGCCACCGCUGUCGGCGACGGAAGUGCGGACAUUGACGCUAUUGCGCGAGAUACCAUUUGUUGUACCAUUCAACAAUCGUGUAGUGGUAUUCCAGUCGUUAAUUUACAAGGAUAAAGCGGAACAACAGGGUGAACUCGCGCAUUUCAUGCAGGGUCCAUCGAUACAGAUCUCCGUGAGACGAAACUACCUCUAUGAAGACGCUUUCGAUAAGUUGUCACUGGAAAACGAACCAGAACUGCGGUUGAAGAUGCGAGUUCAGCUGGUUAACACCGCAGGAUUGGAGGAAGCCGGUGUCGACGGCGGCGGUCUAUUCAGAGAAUUUUUAUCCGAGUUAUUGAAGACCAGUUUCGAUCCUAAUCGUGGCUUUUUCAAACUCACCAAGGACAACAUGCUAUACCCGAAUCCCACGGUGCAGUUGUUAUUUGACGAUUUCCCGAAACAUUAUUACUUCAUUGGCAGAAUCUUGGGGAAGGCACUAUACGAGAAUCUGUUAGUAGAGUUACCAUUCGCUGAGUUCUUCUUGUCGAAGAUCGUCGGACGCCAAUCAGACGUGGACGUGCAUCAUUUGGCCUCCCUUGAUCCCGUCAUGUAUCGCAAUCUCCUGUCUCUGAAGACAUACACGGGUGAUGUAUCGGAACUCGGAUUGGACUUUACCGUUCUUAGCGACGAGCUUGGCGAGAGACGAAUUGACGAAUUGAAGCCGAGUGGCGCCAACAUCACCGUGACAGAACAUAAUCGCAUUGAGUAUAUUCAUCUGAUGGCCGAUUACAAACUGAACAAGCAGAUACGCGCACAAUGUUUCGCGUUCAAGAAUGGUAUCGGCAGCGUGGUACCGCUCGACUGGUUGCAGAUGUUCAACAAUAAGGAGUUGCAAGUACUCAUCUCGGGCGCGCAGAUCCCCGUGGAUGUGAACGACUUGAUGUUACAUACAAAUUAUACCGGUGGAUACGCGCCCGACCAUCCGACUAUCACUGCCUUCUGGGAGGUCGUUAACGAGUUCAACGAUCAGCAGAAGGGCCAACUACUAAAGUUUGUUACCAGCUGUAGUCGCCCUCCUCUCCUAGGAUUUAAGGAACUCGAUCCACCGUUUUGCAUCCAGCAUGCCGGCACCGUGGAUCGUUUGCCGACCUCAAGUACCUGUAUGAACUUACUGAAACUUCCCGAGUUUCCGGAUGAGAAAAUCCUGCGCGAGAAACUUCUAUACGCAAUACAGGCCGGCGCGGGCUUUGAGCUUAGUUAAAAACUUUAAUUUCAUCUUUGAUUUGACCCAAAUGUGUAAAUACAAGAUGUAAAACUGUGAGUACGUAAGAUGUAAUAAGGAGAAAAUACCGUGAAGAAUUUAUUCAUGCUGUAUUUUACGUGGAUUAGUAUACAUAUAUUAGGACUUCGUACAAGAAUUCUCAUAAGGAAACGUGGCGAAGAUGUUAAUAUUAUGUAACAGGAGGGGCCAACUAUAUAUACACCAGGCAGUCCAAUUUAAACUGUGGGACCAAAACAAAAGCCAUUGACGCAAAAAAAUUCAAUGUGAGUAAGAGACUUUAAGGACUGCAGUGUUUGUGUCACUCAGAUAUAUAUCAACACCAGUCAACACCUUAUAUAGUCGCUGAAAUCUUAAAUUGAAUUUUUUGCGUCGAUGACUUUGCGUUUGAACUCCGGAGCUCAAAUUGGAUAGGCCUGUAUACAUUUAGCAAAAGUACCUAUCAACGGAGAUUAUCAUUGAUGUCACUUUGAUGUGCCGUUUGUAAAAAAAAAGAAGACACGAGACGUAUGUAUAAGUGUGUAUAACGUAUAUCGGAGAGCAUAUGGAUAUUUUUUCGGUUUCAAUUUUUCAAACCCUUGGCCUACAAUUAUAUAUAAAUUAUGUAUAUUUUUAUUGUUUUAUAUUCGCCAUGUGAUGUGAUUUUGUCACAA